CUGUGAAACACGAUUGAAAAUGAGAGUUGAGGUGUAGAGCGAGAAAAGUGAAUCCUCCCAUCCCACCCCACAGACCGUGACAGAAAUGUCGCAUCCUAUUACCGUUUUUCGGACCAUUCGAUUAUGAUUUUUGUAACACGAUGCUAUGGAUUUUCGAAUCUCCAGUCGCUUAAUCUCCUGAGAUAUUUUGCGUUCUAAAUUAAUAUGAGAUUUCUUGACCAAAAAACUGUUCUCUCUCGAAGUACGGUAUUUAAGCUUAUAUUUCACGCCGUUAGAAACAAUUGCAGAUAAUUCUUUCUAAUUUCGCGGUGGACAGUUGCAAAAAAAAGAUACCUUCUCGUGUCUAUUAAAAUGACUCCAUGCUGUUUUAUAUUUUAAUUCCGUAGAGAUUGUGUUGAAAGCCUUUUUUUUAUAGAUGCGUAAUCGUAGUCAGGCUCAGCCUCCAAUAACCACAGAUACCUUAGAGUCAAUCAUUCAACAGUACCGGGCCAAUUUAUCUGAUCAAGAUCGACCAACUUGUCAUACACAUCGCGCUGAAAUCGGAGAAAGAACAGCAUAUUUCAUUGCUCAACAGCUAGAAAGCAUAAGAAGAGGAUUGGCAAUUAUUCUUUCAAUUCUCUUGUUAUCAACAAUCCCAACUGCUAAAGUUAUUGUCGGUACAUGCUUGAUCGAUCAAUGUCCAGUUAGGCCACAAAUUGCUAUAUAUCUAAUUACUCAAGGUGCCAAUACUUUCUUCUUUGUGCUAGGGCCGAUUUUAUUCGUAAGCUUUUAUUAGUCAUGAUACUUUCUUGAAACGAGCGCCUACACUUUAUCUUGUAGAUCCUAUUUUACUUCACAGUAGCAGCUAGUCGUGGCACGUCAUUGUUUCUUUCAAUGCAAUUAAGAUUCUUUAAAGUAUUGAUUAUCAUUAUCGGCGUAUUUAUCAACUUUCGAGUUUUGUUGUCUCUGAUAGUGAGUUAAAGUUGAUUUUUAUCUACUUCAAUUUCGAUCAGUGCAUAAGUUUUAGACUCAAUUGUACUGGCUUCAUAGUAAUGUUGAUUUGCAGUUCACUAAUUCAACCUCUUCAACCUAUUGUCAUCCAGCACUUUAUCAGUUUACAAAUGCUAGUGUCAUAAUCAAUUUACUUAGCUGCUUUUCACUAUUUCCUUUAUCUCUCGUCUUUAUGAUAAAGGAAAUUCAACUGCCUACGUCGCCCAGAUGGAAAUGUUUUCAAAAAAUUCACUUAUAUGCUGUAAGCCUUUUUGCUAUCUUUAUCAUUUACUUUUAAUUCGGCCAUCACUAGCAAGAAUAUGAAGUAAGGAAUAUUUAACAACAAAGGUUCUGAUACUGAAUUCAAUCAUACGAAUAGUCAUAUCUGUUACACAGACAAUAUGAUGCAAGAACUUUUCUCCUCUGUUUUCAUAGAGGAAGAUAAACUAGACAACUACUGAUGUAAAAGGGGUACAUAAGAGUCUCACUGGCUGAAAGAAACGCGAUCAAUCAACUCUCUUGGUCAUUGCAUUUGUAUGUUUAUGAUGAUCAAACUAUCUACAUUGCUGAUUUCAACAAUCAUCAUAUUGUGGAAUGGGAAUGUGCCGCGGCAAAUGGUCAAGUGGUCGCUUGUAAAAAUGGAGCUGAUCAGCUGCGUUGUCAAACAGAUGUCAUUAUCAACAAACCAACAGAUGUCUCAUCAGUACUGAUCGAGAUAAUAGAAGAGUGGUUCAAGCAUGUGGGUGUGGAAGUAGUUAGCAAUGUUUAUUUUACCCACACCCACCAACAUCCACACCUAAUUAUUUUGCAGUGAUUCUUUACUAACAAAAAAAUAAAAGAAAAAGAAAAUAAUCAACGUUACUUUCUCUUAACUUAUAAAAUGUAAUGUAUAAUAAUUUUCUUUUCUCCAUUUUGACCUCAUCUAGGCAAUAUCUUUGCAGAUGUUACAAAAUAAACCACAACAAAAGACGGUUUCAUUUUUUAUUUACACAUGAUAUUUGACACAGAUUGUCAACGCAAUAGAGCAAUUAAUGAGAGGCUAAAGUUAUACUUCAAGUUUUCAUUGAUUCUUUCUAUUUUUGCAAUGCUUUAUUUUCUAAUGUACAAAAUAAAUUUUCAAAUCUAUUAUCAAUAUUGAAAAAAUCCAUCAAGUAAAUAUCUCUAAUACAGUAUUACAAGAUUUUUCAUAUGAAAAUUCAUGAAUGAAUCUCAUAAAAUAUUUAUUUCGUUCAGAAUGGAGCACGACAUUCGAUUAAUCCUUACACAUUAGGGCGGAAGAACAAAACGAAAAAGAACAAUUCGGAUGGAAUCGAUUCUUUCUUUUUCUUUCUUUCUUUCCUGUCGUCUAUGUAAGUAAAGUUAGCACCAGAUUCGACUAUUUCUUGUCCCGAUUCGCUUUGUUACCUGUGUUAACUCUCAAAGCGAUUGUGUUAGGUGAAGAAUUUAAUUCUCUAUCCAAUCGUACAAUUUUUCAGGGUGUUAUCGGGCAAAAAGGAGGAAGUAUACCCCACAUAGUGGGUCCGAGGCUCGGUUUAACGGAUAAUUUUCCUCAUGAAAUUUUAUUCAUACAGUUCCUGAGAGCGACAAUCUUAAGAAGGCGAGUCCGUAUAGACAGAAUCGUUAAAUCUUUUGCCGUGAACGCUUAGUAACGUGCGACAGACAAUGACACUUUCAGUUGUACAUUAUUUUUUUUAUGAUUCUCUUUAUUGGAACUGAUGGAGUUUUCUAUUUAUUCUUUUAGAUAUUAAAGAAAGAGCAUCUGUGCGAAAGGCUAUGAAAUGAGAAGCACAAUUCAAAAUGGCUAAGUAAUGUGAAAUUUUUCCAGUUGGAAUAAUUUUCCUUGUAGUGUGUAGUACCCACAGAGAAUAGUAUUCGAUAUCCACAUAUCAUUUAUUUUAUUUAUUUUGGAAGUAUAUAUUGACUUAGAAGCAAUAUCUAGAUAAAGUAAUAUCGAAGCGUGCUAAGAAAAACACCUAAGUGAAAAGCAAUGAACCAUAUGAUAGAAAGAAAAUAUACUGUGUGAUAAGGUGGGAAAAUAAAUAUGACAGAGAGGAAAGAAAAUACAGAUGGCAAAGAGUGAAUACAUAUAAUGUAACGAGAGAACGAAUAUCAUAACAUACUUAGAAGAAGACGCAAAAGUGAUAAAUGACAACAGCUGAUUUUGAUACUUCUUGACUUUAAAUCAUGACAAAAAAACGAGCAGUGCUAUAUACGAGACAUAAAAAAGUAGACGAAAAGAAGAUAAGAGGAAAAGAAACAUAUACAACUGAGUGGUCAUUAUCCGUCAUUUAACUCUAAUAUGUUUAUUCAAGAGAUUUACUAUUUUACAGGUGAUGAUCUUUUGUUCUAUUAUCAAUGAAACUGUACAGUAAAAAAUACACAAAAGUAUGAAUUUUACAAUAAAAAAACGCCCAAAUACUUUACACUAUGUCAUGCAGUGUUAGUAUCUAAGGAAAAUACAUCCUCACAUUUUUUCAUUUCUUCUUCAACCUUGUUCAUUCUCUUUUGUAUUUUAAUAUUGACGAAUCUCAAUAUAACUAAGAUAACAAUAAAUACAAGAAGCAACAAAAAACAUAUUAAUAUGUUGCCGAGUAUUUGCAAUAUUUUCGUUAUUAGUGGAGUGCUGGCGUAAAGAUCGAAUUGUAGUUGUUUAAGAGAAUCUAUAGCUCUUGCUUUGUAUUCAACUUCUAAGCGACUUGUCAAUGGUUUUAUUGAAAAUUUAACAUUUUUUUGUAAGUCUCAUGAAGUUUAGACAUGAUCGAUAGCGUGCCAUUUGUACAUUCUGAUGAUCUUAAUUGAAUAUUUGAAAAUUUGUCUUCUUUUUUAUGCUUUAUUGUGUGAUUAAUACCCUGCGGCCUAUUAAGACAUCAUCUAAGUUACAGUGUACUUUUGGAAGAAAGAAGUUAUGCUUACACCACUAGUCUAGAAGAUUAAGAUCAUUACGAAGAGGCAGAAAAGAAGAAACGGAGUGGUAAACAUAGAUUACAUUAUUACCUACAAGGAAUGAACGUACAUUGUAGCACGGUAUACAAGGAGAAAGACAAGGUAUCACAGGAUACACCAUUAAGAUAUAACAACAAACAUAGAGAAGAAGUACAUUGAUCGUAUGAGCCAGUCCACGUAAGCCACGGACGAUUGCUGUAGAAGGUGCUCAAUCGAUAUCGUCGGAUUCUGCUCAUUUUUAUAUAUGUGAUAGAGGCAAGUGUUUGAUGCAUUUUGGUGAAAAUCGAUUGAAAAAAUAUUGAUCCGUUGGGUUUUCAUUCGAGUUUUACGGAAACCUCUAGAAAACCCUGGUUUUAAGAAAGGCGAUUUUGAGCAUCCUAUAUCUCAAGAAGGGUUCAGCCGAUUAAGCUGAAAUUUGUUGUGGCUUUAUACAUAAUUUAGUUCUACACAUAAACAAAUUUUCAGCUCCAUCGGUCAAUUUCUUGGUUUUCUAUGGAUUUCACGAAACCAGUCCAAAUCACUCUUUUUGAUAACUUUGACGGUUUAUAUCUCUGGACUGGAAAUAGAUGCAAGUCUGAAAUUUUGAUUACGCAUGCACCACAGUUAGGUCUCUCUACAGUAAAAAUUUCAGACUUUUUGAGCGCAGCAUUCGGCCAGGAAACUCUGGACAAAAACUCGAUUUUGGGCCUCGAUUUCCUGGACUCGUCAGACCUGAAUUUUUACCGGAGUUUUCUAGUUUGAGAGAGUCAACUGUGGCGUAAAAAAUGGCGCAAAAAAAACUUGGAACGAGUAAAAACGGCUUUAAGGUCGGUUCGUUUUUGUCAUAAAAAAUGCAAAUAAUAAUGUUUUUUCUGGUCAUCCCAUGUUUUCUGCAUUUCUGAACAAUGACUCUACAGAAACCAAUGAAACUUUCAGAGCAGAUAGAUCUUGUACAGUAGAGUAAAACUUGCGCUAGACUCACUUUUAUACAAUGCUUUCAUCUAUGGAAUAACUGGAUCCCAAUGGAUCAAAAUUACGAUUUUUUUCUACUUCACUUUUGUUUCUGGUGUGAUUUUCGAUUGAGUUGUAACCUUUUUUUUGGCAAACAUCAUAGUCUAUUUGGGAGUUUCUACGAUAAAUUAGAUGAAAUACUGCACGUUCUAUGUAGUAGCCUUAUAGUGCAAAAAUGAAAGAUAAAGCAAGAGACGAACAUUUUUGCAAUAGCAUUCAGUGUACCCAUAUUGAUAGAAUAAUCAAGCAAAAGUUUAUUUUUUACCAAUUCAACUGUAAUUCUUCUUAUAAUUCACAAUAAUUUCUCGUCAUUAAGUGAGGUUCAUUCACUCUAACUUUCAACUAUACUAAACAACCUUAAAUUCAUAAAGAUUGAGUAAAUUGGAGUAAAAAUCAACUAAAAUGUAACAAGAAACGGUUCCUAUUCUGUGUUACUCUUGAUAAGUUCGAGCAUCAGCUCUUGUUUUCCAGUGACAUCGUAUUGUUGGUCUGCUUUUCGACAACGAUACUUAAUUGGGGUGUGGGUGUGGAUGUCAUUGCUGUCUUUAGUCAUACCCACACCACCCACACCCACCCACACCCACACCCUCAUCAAUGGAAUUACAAUUAUUUUAUAAUUGUACAUCACCAAGAUUUGGUCCAUUAUGUCAAUAUUCAUUCGAUAAUUAUGAACCUUAUCAUUCAUCAUUGAAUGAAGCCAUAUAUGAUUUUUAUCAACAUACAUAUGAACCUAUGAAUUUAACAUGUUAUAUUCAUUUAGAAUGUAAUCAUGGUUCAACAUUAGCAUGUCUCGAUUGGACAGAAAUAUGUGAUGGACAUAUUGAUGGUUUAAAGGAUGGAAUUGAUGAAAAAAAUUGUUGGCAACUUGAAAUUAAUGAAUGUGAAGAUAAUGAAUAUCGUUGUUAUAAUGGACAAUGUGUAUCUAAGAUAUUUUUUCAUGAUGAUCCUCAUGUUUAUGAAUGUCUUGAUCGAUCAGACGGAUCUUUGAAUCAAGGAAUAGUUAAGAAUUAUCUUCAAUGUGAGUCAACAUUCGUAAAUGAAGACGUCCAAUGCUCAUUACGCAAUUUCCCAUUAAUUGUAAUGCUUACAAGCUCAUGUGCACUACAACGUGAUACUCUACUUAAAAAAAUUGUGCUUUUAGAUAGACCAAAUUCAUUAUCAGAAACCUGUUGGUUAGCAUUUCAGUGUAUUUAUAAUAAUCUAGGCACAGUCAAACCAAAUUGCACUGCUUUCUGUUCUGGUAACAGAUGCAAACAAAUAAUUAACGAGACUUGUCGGGAUAUACUAUUUGUGCCCGCUAGACCACUAAUCUUUGGUCACAUGCACGUGAUUUUUUCUAAAAAAGCCAUUAUAGAUGGAACUUAUUGGCUUCCAUCUCAAUACAUAUGUUACAAUGAUAAACUUUGUGGUGGUGGAUUCUAUCCAAAUAGAACAUUGUCUAUAUUCAAUAAUAUGACAUGUCGACAAAUGGAAGAUUUUCCAGUAACAUUCUCUAUGUUUGGACGAGUCGAAUGGAUAGAUUAUUAUUUCACAAAUGUAUCAAUGUCAAACUCUUCAAAAUGUAUUUCAAUACAUCGUCUAUGUGGUGGUAUGAUUGAUUGUGAUUAUAAAGAUGAUGAACAAUGCUCUUUAAUCAAUGAAACUCCUUUUACAACUGAAUCUAAAAUACUUUUCAAAUGUACGAAGAAAAAUAAAUAUAUUUCUUCGAAAUUAAUCGAAGAUGGUAGAUGUCAGUGUGAAGUUGAUGAAUAUGGUUUAUGUGAUGAUGAAAUUUCUGAUCUUGAUUACAUUAGAAAACAUAUCACAUUUCCAACAAUUUGUGAUGGUUUUACUGAAUUAGCACCUAUUAAUAUAAAUGGACCAAAUGAAACUGAUGAAACUGAAUGUCAAUAUUGGCAAUGUAAUAAUACUUAUACACGUUGUGAUGGAUUCUGGAAUUGUUUCAAUGGAGCUGAUGAAGUUGAUUGUCAUUCAUCACUAUUAUUAAAAUGUUCAUCUCAUCAUCACAUUUGUGUUUCACCUCAGACAUAUCAACUUACAUGUUUACCUAUCGAAAAAGCCAAUGAUGGCAAAAUUGAUUGUGUUGGUGCUACUGAUGAACCAAAAUUAUGUCGAUCAGAUAAUCAUGAAAGUAGCUAUAAUAAUUUCUAUUGCAAGAAUAAUACUAGUCGACCUUGUACAACGUUUCAUGAUGUAUGUGCUCACAAGAUUCAGUGCAUGCAUGAAAAUACUAACCUAUUAUGUAGUUUCAUCGGAAACAGAAGCAAAUAUUAUACUGUUUGUGACGAUGAAUGUGAAUUGUUUCGUACCGAUGUUCAAAAGUAUCUUUGUGAUCGUCUCGAUGAUUCAAAGAAAGGGCGAAUUGCAAAUUUUUCCAUUAAUAGAUCAAAACAAUCAGAUAAACAAUUAACUAUUCUUGAUAAGAAUAGAAAAUCUUCUAUUAUUUUAACUACUCGUCAAUAUGAACAACGAUGUCAUCGUGGUCUUCCUUUACGAGUUUGGUUAAAUGUUGAUCAAAAUUUGACAACUAAAACAUGUCUUUGUCCACCUAGUUUUUAUGGUGAUAUGUGUCAAUAUCAAAAUCAACGUGUUAGUCUUACAUUAAAUUUUCAAGCAAAUUCUGAUUCUCGACGAACAUUAUUUGCUUUGAUUAUCUUACUUAUCGAUGAUAGUAAUCAACGAAUUAUUCAUUCAUAUCAACAAUUAACUUAUCUUUAUAUUCAAUAUUGUCAAAUUAAAUUAAAUUUUUAUUUACUUUAUUCAACUUGA